AUGACGCGCCUGGGAGAGAAAUCCGAAUCGACUGCCCCUCCAGGCUUAUCUGGCAUCACAACUAUAAUUGUAGGCCUGGGCAUUGCGGGCCUCACAGCGGCCAUCGAAUGUCACCGAAAAGGCCAUACGGUCCUUGCGUUUGAAAAAGCCGGUCCCGCAAGUCAUAUCGGUAGUGACAUUAUAGGCGUUGCUAGCAAUGGGGCAUUGGUCUUGGAUCGAUGGGGUCAAGGUGCGUUUGCAAAGGAGUUGGACAACCUCCGAAGUGAUGUAGGGUGCAUUGAAUUCCUGGACGCCAGCGGAAAAUUGCGUUCCAGCUCGAAUAUGACCGGCUUUGGGGUCAACGAAGGCUACUUCCUGAUGCGUUCGGACUUGGUCAAGGCCAUGUACGACUACGCAAAGUCCUUGAGAAUCAGCAUGCAAUUCGACUGCCGAGUGACUUCGUACUGGGAAAAAGAAGACCGCGCAGGUAUUAUUGUCAAUGGAGAAAGAGUCGAAGGCGACUGCGUCAUAGCCAGCGAUGGAGUCUACAGCAAAGCACGGGCAGCUCUCAAAGGGGACAAAUACCCCUUGAUCGGGCUUGGCUCCGUUAUGCACAGGUCAGGUGGCUUUCCGUCCAAAUAUCUUCGAACCGCAGAGGCAGCUCAAUGGUUAUUUAACACGACCGAGAAACAAGACCGAAUGCUUGAAAUCCUCCACGAGGAAACUAUUUUCUUUUUUGGAACUUUUCAAAGAGGAAAGGGGGUCUACUGGGCCUGCAUGCACCAGACCUCUGAGCCGAUUGAGGAUUCCUGGGUGAAAGCUUUGGACGCCAAGGCUGUGCUUCAAGUGGUCAAGGACUGGCCGAUAUGUAGCAAGCUGGAGCCCAUUAUAACCAGCAUACCAGGAGGGAAGUGCUUUGAACAUCUGACCAUGACCAUGGAGCCGAUGGAUAACUGGCGAUCUGCCCUGGGCAGAAUUAUGUUGAUUGGUGAUGCCGCGCAUCCGGUACUCCCUACUACUGGCCAAGGUCUCAGCCAAGGCAUUAUGGACGGGGCAGUCCUCGCCAUAUGUUUGGAACUUGCUGGAAAGGACAAUGUGCAUUUGGGUUUGCAAGCGAUGGAGAUGAUGAGGAUUAAGGAAGCUAGCCGCCUACAAGAGUACGGCGUAGCGCUAAUCAGACGUCUUCAAAGCCAAAAAUGGGAGUGUUUGGAUCAGGAGCAGGAGCUUGUUCCACGGCCAACGUGGGUCUUUGCGCAUGAUUGUCAGGAGAGUGCCUACGAAAACUUCGCUGCGGUCACGCAGGCCCUGGAGAGAGGUGACGAGUAUAUCCCUGCCCAUGUACCUGAUGGCACGUCAUUACCGCUCACUCAGGAACAUGAGCUCGCGGAACAAAUAAAGGCUUUAAGAGAGAGAAACAACCUCUACUGCCACUCUACAUCCGGGUAG